AUGAAUCUUCUAACCCUUCCACCAAUUCCUCAGAUGGCACAAGGAUCAGAGUCAUUCUUCUUGACAGUUACAGAUCUAGCAGUUACAGAUUCGCUUGUGGCUUCUUCUGUAAUGGAACUUGCACAUCUUACCUCUUUGCCAUUCUUCUCAAUCAAUAUGAUCCAACGGUCAUAUGGUCAGCCAACCGAGACAAUCCGGUCAGAGAAGGUGCAAUGUCUCCAGAGUCUUGUGCAGAAUUGUUGGGAACAAGGGACAUUGCUAAGUAUUGUUGACAGGUGUAGUGAAGAUAUGCAAUCACAUGGUAUAGAAGUUACAGAGAUGAUGAAAGUGGCUUCAUGGUGUUUGCAGACUGAUUUUACGAGAAGACCUUCAAUGUCAUCUGUGGUGAAGGUGUUAGAGGGAGUAAUGAAUGUUGAAUCGAACUUGGAUUACAAUUUCUUGGAUCCAAGAGUGCAGAAAACAACAAUAGAACAUGAGAAGAUCUCGAAACCAAUGUUGCCUUCCGUUCUAUCAGGGCCAAGAUGA